AGUGGGUCGAGCAGCUGAACGAGUGUAAACAACUGAACGAGAACCAGGUGCGGACGCUGUGCGAAAAGGUGAUGCCUGAUCCCCAGUGUGAUGGUACUUGGAGGUGGGGCCUUUGGUAGGUAAUUAGGUCAUGAGGGUAAAGCCCUCAUGAAUGGAAUUAGUGCCCUUUAUCAGAAGAGACGCUAGAGAGAUGACCUCUCUCUCUUAAUACCAUGUGAAGAAGGCGUCCACAGCAAGAAGCCGUCCCUCUGCAAACCAGGAUGAGGGUCCUCACCAGGAAUCGAAUCAACCGGCACCUUGAUCUUCGGCUUCUCAAUCUUCAGAACUGCUAAGGAAAUUUUAACAAAAGAAUCAAAUGUGCAAGAGGUCCGUUGUCCUGUUACCGUCUGUGGAGAUGUGCAUGGUCAAUUCCAUGAUCUUAUGGAACUCUUUAGAAUCGGUGGGAAGUCACCAGAUACAAACUAUCUAUUCAUGGGUGACUAUGUAGACAGAGGUUAUUAUUCUGUGGAGACUGUGACUCUUCUUGUGGCAUUAAAGGUGCGUUAUCCAGAACGUAUUACAAUAUUGAGAGGAAACCACGAAAGCCGACAAAUAACCCAAGUAUAUGGCUUUUAUGAUGAAUGUCUGCGAAAGUAUGGGAAUGCCAAUGUUUGGAAAUACUUUACAGAUCUGUUUGACUAUCUGCCACUUACCGCUUUAGUAGAUGGACAGAUAUUCUGCCUCCAUGGUGGCCUCUCCCCAUCCAUAGAUACACUGGAUCAUAUAAGAGCCCUGGAUCGUUUACAAGAAGUUCCACAUGAGGGCCCAAUGUGUGAUCUGUUAUGGUCAGAUCCAGAUGAUCGUGGUGGGUGGGGUAUUUCACCACGCGGCGCUGGCUACACAUUUGGACAAGAUAUUUCUGAAACAUUUAACCAUGCCAAUGGUCUCACACUGGUUUCUCGUGCUCACCAACUUGUAAUGGAGGGAUACAAUUGGUGUCACGAUCGGAAUGUGGUCACCAUUUUCAGUGCGCCGAAUUACUGCUAUCGUUGUGGGAACCAGGCUGCUAUCAUGGAAUUAGAUGACACUUUGAAGUAUUCCUUCCUUCAGUUUGACCCAGCACCUCGUCGUGGAGAGCCUCAUGUGACCCGGCGCACCCCAGACUACUUUCUGUAAAUUCCUCCUGGGAAAACCUGCCUUUGUAUGUGGAAGUAUACCUGCCUUUUUAAAAUAUAUAUAUUUAGAAACAAAACAAAAAAAAGCAACAGUAAUCUAUGUGUUUCUGUAACAAACUGGGAUCUGUCUUGGCAUUAAACCAUAUCAUGGACCAAACUGUGCCAUACUAAUGAUGAGCAUUUAGCACAACUUGAGACUGAAAUUAGUUCUACACUAUGUUCUAGAUCGGUCGGUCUUAACAGUUUGCCUGCUGUGUUUGUAGUAACCAUUUUCCUUGGGACCGUUCAAGCAAAAAAGGUAACUAACUCCAUCUCCUUUUGCACUUACUUGGAAAUUUUAGUUAGAGUGUUUAACUGGCAUGGAUUAAUAGGGUUGGAUUUUUAUUUUUAAAAAAAAUUCACAAGCUAACUUCCACUUAAUUCAUUACUGUGUAUUUUAUUGAAAUGUAUAAUUAACUGAAAAAAAGAUUCUUGGGAGUACGUUGUCAUAACAUUUAAAGAGAUUUCCCUUCCUUUAAACUAAAUUACUAUUUUAUGUUGAUCUGCAUAUUUCUGUAUAUUUGUCAUGACAGUGCUUGCAUUCUAUUUGGUGUACUGAGCAAAUAAACCUUCCAUUUUAAACAAAAA